AUGUCAUUAACUGUACGUGUCUUAGGAUGUGGAGGAAACUUAGGUAUGGGAAACCAGACAACAAGUUUUAUGGUAUAUAAAGGGGACUACACUAAUGAGACGGAUAUUGCAUUAAUAGAUGGGGGAACUGGUUUAACACGUUUAAGUCUCGAAGACAUCAAAAGAGUGAAAGAUAUAGCCAUUACUCAUUCUCACAUCGACCACAUCACAGGAAUGUGUUUGUUAGUCGAAGCCUUUUGGGAUGAGACGUUGACUCUCUCAGUACAUCCAACACUUCAUUGUUCCUCACUUGUACUCAAGCAAAUGGAAGACACCAUAUUCAAGCCAUCGCUCUGGAUGAAUUUAAUAGAGCGCAAGUUUUAUGAAUACAAUGAAAUAGAAGACGGCGAGACUCACACAUUAACCAAUGGAAUUACUAUCACUGCAAUUAAGGUGAAACACUCCACUCUCACUUUUGGAUACAUCGUUUCCAAUGAAAGUUCCUCAUUUGCCUUCACCGCAGACACUUGUUACUAUGAGCCAUUUUGGGUAGCCCUUUUUCAAGUGAAGAAUUUAAAAGCUGUAAUCUCCGAAGUCUCCCUCCAAAAUUCUUUACAAGAUCGUUGUGAUGCUUCAUGUCAUAUGUGUCCAAAUUACUUACAAAAAGGUCUUCAAUUCCUCGACAAAACAGUCAAAGUGUAUGCCUCACAUAUUAAGACUUAUUGUUGGAACAAAGUCUGCGAAGAGUUAAAGCAAUUGGAUCGGGAGGUCAUCAUUUUACACGACGAAAUGGUCCUUCAUUUCUAA